GCCGGGCGUCAGUGACUUCGCGUCCGCCGGUUCGAUCGGUUCUCCUUCGAAACCCUAUGGAACCAUCCGUGAAAAGUGUCCAUUACCAACGAAACCAGUGAUCUCAAAGAAAAUCCAAAGAUUUUCUCUGAUACCUCGAAAUCUAUCCUUUUUGAAAAUCUUCAAACUCGAAAACUCGAAAUCAAUUUUGUAUAAUAGACGUUCCUUAUUGCCAGUUUGAAAGGUGGACUCUGUUUACGAGUACCAGGAUGCACAUACCCGGUUACCAAAGAGUCCGAGGGUGAGAGACCGGUAACGGAGCGAUAAAAGAGGGAUACGGAUCACCUAGGGCCACGUGAGGAGUUAUGUUAAAUCAUAAACACCACGGGAGAUAGUAGUGCUGUUUCGGGAAGAAAGAAGAGAUAGGAGUUCGUAGAUGUAUCAUGGAUGUUCUGUGAUCGUUUCGGCUGAGUCAAUCGUCAGCUGUUCGGUGGAAUGAUGCAAGGUUCAUUGGGAAUCAUCGUCCGGAAAAGGGAGAUGAUUUGCUGCUAUGACACGUCGAAGGUGGACCGUUUUCGAAACACGCGAAAACAUUCGAGAAAUGAAUUUCCACGGUGUUGAUUCAAGGAUUCGAUCGUAGUCAUUGAUCUCACUGCGCGCUGUUGCUCUGCGGUAACAGUCAGUGUACAGUGAAUGAAUUCAAUGAUCCUUGGAAAUCGAUUUUCAGAUAUAAUUUCGAUCGAUACUCUGGUUCGGUGCUUACUUUGCUACGUUCAGUGGAAAGUGACAUAAGGUAAGAAAGUACCUGAAACCUGUUGCUAAUUGAGCGACGAGUCUCCUCCGUCGAGGUGGUGCUAACAGGCGGAUGUCGUUCGGAUAAAAAUGCCGUCAAAAGUAAACGCGAGAUUCGUUAUUUCGUGGCUGAGAUUGAACGACGUGUCGCUCUGGAAAGUUUUAAAGAAACGUUUCAAAGUCUAUCGCGAGGCAACGUUGGUGAAAUAAAUGUUUGAUUGCGAUGAUACGCGUCGCUGAGUGGCGGGAAAGAAACGGAAGAUCUCGUUUCCGAUCGAGUUGAGGAGGAAGAAGAAAUAAGUAAAAGUGUAGGAAAAGUGUAAGAGGACAAUGUCGUCGAACGGUGAAUUUUCGACGAUGUCGAGCGAGGAGGUGCCUUCGUUGCCGAAAUCCCUGCCGAGCUCGAGGGAGGCGACAGCCGAGGGCAGUUCCGGUUCCAGCGGCAGUUAUAUGCCCCUUCGAGAGUUCCUGGAUCGAUUCUCCUUGCCGAGAGUCGUCAGACUCGAAGGUACCGGCGGCAGACCGGUGUUGCUGUACAAACAGCAACAAAAAUCGCUUCGAGUUACCGCGACCUUAUUGAUACAUCGUUAUCGGCACGAUGUCAAAGUUGGACCGGAAAUAGUCAUUCCAGAGGGCUAUCCGGGAUGGUUUUCUGUGAUAUCUGGCAACAAUACAACGGGUAACGCGAGGGUUUACAGAAGAGUAGACUCUCUGGUGCGAGCAGGAGUACCUGCCUUCCUUUUGGCUGCGCCUUUGCGAGCGUACAUUUUGACUCACUCGAAAAUGGAAAACGGUAAUUUACGAGCUCAUUACACGAAGACGACUAUCAGAGCGGGGGAAAUUUUACGAUUAAUAGCGGUUUUCCAAGACACUAGAAAAUGCAACACGGUCUCCUUCGGAAUAUCCGGUAGCUCUUCCGAAAAGGAUCAGUACGCACAAUGCUUGGAUCCGUAUGGUCGCGAAGUGUUCGCCCCUUUGUCGGCGAGAGGCGAAUUUUACGCUAUUUGUCAGAACGGAAGCAUCGACACCGGAAGCGAUGCGAUGCUGUAUAAGGUACAUCACCUUGCAAAGAGACCGUUACCUCUCAGGGUUCGUUUAAUAGCCGGUCCAUUGCCUGUACCUUUGCCAAGGGAAUAUGGUGGUUUGAUGCAACUGGAAAGCUCGACUCGAGGUCCAAUUGUUUUAGGUUGUAUCGUGCCAGAAAGACCGGUGCACAAUCCAGAAAUGCUUGAACUCGUGGUGACCGGAAGCGGUGCUCCUAGAGUAAGAAGAGCGCGAUUAGGUUAUCCUUCAGAAGCUAGACUUUUAGCAUCGCCGAAGAUGCAACGAUUAUUGUCAGCGUGCAGCCGAGCUGUCGGAGAUCGAGCAACGGAACCAAGAGUGGCACCUCUAAAACUGCAUCCAACGAGCGAAAAUCUCAAGGAGAUGCAUUUGAAGAAGAUCAAACCGAAGCCGGAUACAAAACCGAUUUUACAAAGCUUAAAGGACGGAUUAGAGCAAUUAAAGAAGAGCACCGUUAGAGAGAAAAGUCAAACAAGACAGAACAAUAAAAACGGGCUGUUGGAUCGAAUUUCGAAGUUCGCCCAAGGUGGUCGUAGCAGAAAUCCCGCUAAAAAGUCGGCUUCGUUCACGUUCGCGGUGAAACCGGAAAUCGCGAUGAGAUGCCAAGAGCGUUAUUCCAGUUUGGAGCCAGAAACUACCUCUCAUCCCAGUCAUUCGAGCUCGUCCAAGCAACCUGUACAAAGAUCGGCCUCCACUAGCGUUUUAGAAAUGCCGGCUAACGUCGAGUUACAGCCCAAUUAUUCUCGGGUUAGAGAUAGUCUUACGCCAGUGCCAUCCCUUCCUAAGUUAACCAAGACCAAAGCUGAUGACAUUUACACUGAGAUUUGCGAGAACGCCGCUGUACAGGUUCAAAAGUGUCCCGGAAGUCACGUGAUGGCCAGGAUCAAAAUAAUUGUGAAAGGACGUGAUUCACCUCCCGCUCUGUCGAGCAGGAUUAGUAACGAGAGAUACGUGAAUUCAUUGGUAACGAACGAGCAAAUCGAUUCGAUUAUCAGCACGGAAGACGAAGUUAUAUAUAACACAAUAUUUUAAGCAAUGAAACUUUUUAUCAUGAUAAGUUAACCGGCUGUGUUUGAUAAUCGAGAAACCGUUGAUUAUUUUUAUCGACGUACAGUUGUAUCAAUUGAAUCUGUAUAUUAUAUAUAAAAAAAAAAAAAA